UCUUUUUAACCUGGACUCCAGUACUACAUGAACAUAGUUUUUAACACAGUGAGUCAAGCGCAUUCAUUGUUUUUGGAACACGCCCCCAACCUGCAGUGCGUUGUUCUUCUCAUAAAAAGGAGGGAAGGUCGCAGACGCAGCAGCUUCAGAGAACAUAUUUUACAAUUGUGUCAGGCCAGCUGCAUGAACGUAGCUUUGUGGCCUCAAUUCCCAGGCCUACCGGGAUUAUCUUGAGGGUGACGUAUUAUUCUGGCCCAUUUACCCAGAGAUGUCCGACAGAAAGUUUAAUCUGACAAAUGGGAACUUAAUUGAAGCAUCAACUAAGCAGUUUGCCUUCAACGAUGAUGUCACUUAUGGAAACGUUUGCUGUUCUUAGGAGACUUCUGCACAGCCAUCAAUAAAAGGUACGUACUUUCGCUCUUACGGAACUUAUCCAUAAGAAAGUGAUCUGUCACUGCCACAAAGAUCAAUGAUUGACAGGAAUUGUGCUUACAGUGAAUGUGUUCACGUCAGUCAUGCAUGAUGCGCUUGAACUGUUUAGCAAUAUCACGUCCAAGUUCUGCAGGUAUCGCAGCAUCAUUUAUCGCAGCCUUUUUAGUCGCUUCGACCUCACGAAGAUCACACAUGCAUACAUGCUGCGAAUAUGUUUGCAGUCUUACUCAGUUCAUUUUAAAGCCGCAACAUGUCUGCCAAUUCAGUGGUGUGUAUAGCCUGUAUGAGGCGAUACUAUAAUCUGGCUCUUCAAUUGCUUGACAUAAUAUUAGGAUUUCUGUCUUCCAUCCCCAGGGUUUUGAUGUCUCCAUCCCGAAGUAUGGAUACGUGGAGGGUUAACACUACGAAUGUUGUCUGGACUUCUGAUGAACCGUUCAAAACGUACAGGAAUUACUAUGAAAGGCAGAUUAUAGCAUCUAUGACCAUCUUGAUAUCCAUUCUGGGGAUUAUUGGUAACACCCUGGUCAUCACAGCCGUGCCAUUGUCCAAGAAACUUCGCACGGUAACCAACGUGUUUGUGCUGAACCUAAGCGUCAGUGACUUGCUCAGUUGCCUCUUUCUACCCUGGGACGCUGUGGCGCUGUUAAGCGAGGAUGGCUGGCCACUCCAACAAGCUAAUUGGCUUUGCUCUAUGACAGCAUUCGUCUUGAUAACUGGCCACAAUUGUACCGUCAACACUCUAGCACUCAUAGCUAUUAACAGGUGGAUUGGUCUCACCAAAACUCAUGCCACAACACGCCGCAUCUAUACCCGUCGUAACAUCGCCUGUAUGCUCGUUGUGGCCUGGUUUGUCCCGCUGUGCUCCGCUUUGGUCCCUGUUUUUACUGACUUUGGUGAGUUCGGUUACGAACCUCGCUACAGCUCCUGCCUGUGGGUAAGGAACAACCCAUACACGAAUCUCUACGGCCUUAUUCUUGGCAUCUGCUUUUUCCCUAUUCAUCUCAUCAUUAUCACACUUUGCUACGCUGCAAUUUACCGUUACGUGAUCAAGACUUCACGUCGCACAGUCAGCCAUGAUGUCACUACUGUAUCUGGUACUGUUAAUGGUAUUGCAAGUGGUAUACAAAAACGGCUCUGGCAGAGGAAGGUUGCAGUUACCAAGAACUUGGCCUACGUGGUUUUAGCCUACGUCAUUCUACGUACGCCUUCAAUUGUGGCUCUUAUCCCCUUGGGGUUUGAUUGGAGCAUCCGCAUGACGCCAUACGCGGCCAAAAUCACGUUCUUUGGCUGCUGCAUCAACCCAAUGAUAUAUGCGACGUCUCACCCGGACUUCAAGGAAGCAUUGUCUUUCAUGUUUCGUGGAUGCAGAUAACCAAUGUUCUUGUUGCACAUAGACAAUGUUCUUGAAAACCAAACUAAGAG